AUGUUAACACAAAAGGAAUUAUAUAUAUAACAAGUUAAGUUUAAAAUUAGAUAUAGGAAUCAUAAAAAAUUAAGAUGUUAUGUUGCAAAUUUGUAAGCUUGGUUUUGAUAGAUCAAUAUCAUAUUAUUUGAAAAUCUUAUUGAUUCUGAGUUUAUUAAGUUCCUUUAAAUAUAGAAUUAGAUGGCAUAACAAAUGAUUAGACUGAUUAAUCUGUAGAUUCAAUUAUAAAUUCAUAGAUUUAGACUACAACUAUAAUUGAAAGAAGACCUAUUUAUUAAAAUAAGAGGAGUAUAUUCAGGUAGUAAGGUAGCUCCUAAUCUUUUGAUUAGAGUUGUUAGUCAAUGUAGAAAUGUGUUAAUGAUGAUAUACCUGAUGUUUGGAUUCAUACUGAUUUACAAAAAUCAUAAAAAAGAAUUGAAUUUUAGAAUUGAUAUCGAGUAAGUUUAAUAGUAGAGAGUAGAAAUAGUUUAUUUAUCUCAUGUGAUUGUGAAUAUUCAAAUGAAUUUAAUAAUCCAGAAAAAGUAGGUGAAACUGCUACAAUGAGAUUAUUAGAUGAAAUAAAAAAUAUUGGAUAUUUUGAUAACACUUAAUAAUAAUAUGCAUUAUUGUUAAUGGCAAUUAGUUAAAGAAAAGUGAGUUAAAUAAAAUUAGGAAGAAUUUCAACACAAAUAAUUGAAACUCUUAAGAUUAUUGGUACUAUUUUAGGUGUCACUUUGAAUAUAGAUGAUUCAGUAUUUUCUUGUAUUGGAUGUAGACUAAUAAAUUUGUCUAGAUUAACAUAAUGA